GCCAUCCCCGCAGUCGCGAUAAUAUCAGCUUCCUUGACAACUACUAAUGAACCUCGCAUAAUGGCGCUUCCUCUUCUCUACUGACUCUAGUUUAUUCAUCAUCUCCGCUAUCAUGACCUUUGCUGCUCUACGCUCUUCCCUCCGACCAUCUCCCCUGUCCCGUCACCUCCAUCGCACCAUGGCAUCACAGCUCCAGCAGCGCUUCAGCUCCUUCUCAUCGUACCUAGUCACACCCGAGCAGCUCAACACCGCUUUACAGAACUAUCCACCAAGCAAAAUAUCUACAUCCCCUCGCGUCAUUCCGCUCUGUGCAGCAUGGUUCAUGCCCAAUGACCCCGAAGGCCGCACAGGCAUUGAAGCCUUCCGCAAGGGCCAUAUUCCGCACGCCCGAUUCUUCGAUAUCGACGGUGUCAAGGACGAGGACUCGCCAUACCCUCAUAUGCUUCCCACAAGCGAGCGCUUUGCCGAGGCCAUGAGCGGCUUGGGAAUACACCGUGACGACGAAAUUGUUGUUUACGACACUGCCGAGCAGGGUAUUCUAAGCGCCCCUCGUGUUGGGUGGACGCUGCGAGUUUUUGGCCAUCCCAAUGUUCACGUGCUCAAUAAUUAUAGGCUGUGGGUUGAGCAGGGUUUCCCUGUUCAAUCAGGCGAGUCGGAUCCCAUUGAAAAGACCAACUAUCCAACGCCAUCCUACGAUACAGACCGCGUGGUUCUUUUCCCUGAAAUGAAGGAAAUUGUAAAGGACUAUGGGAAAGAGGGAGCGGAUGAAGCGGAGAUCCUUGAUGCGAGACCAUAUGGGCGCUGGUCUGGGGAAAGCCCAGAGCCGCGCGUUGGUCUAUCUUCGGGCCACAUGCCGGGCUCCAAGAGUCUUUCGUUCGGCGAACUGCUUGAUCCCCAGACCAAGGCAUUCUUGUCACCGGAUGAACUACGCAAAGUGUUUGAGGCGAAAGGGGUGGAUUCGUCCAAGACGAUCAUCAGUUCUUGCGGAUCAGGCGUGACUGCUGCUGUUAUUGAGACUGCGCUGACUGUGGCGGAAUUUGGAGAUCCAUUGAAACGGCGACUCUACGAUGGUAGCUGGACUGAAUGGGCCCAGCGAGUUAAAGAUGAUAGCGGAUUGAUCAAGAAACUUUGAACAUUUCCUGUAUAUUGCCAUUGCCCAGACAACUUGUGGGCAAAUAUAGCAGAGUAAACUCCAAUUACUUUGAACUCGUGCGAGAUUGUCCAUGUUGGCUCGAAGCAUGUUAUCAGAUGCAAACUUAAAACAUAUACUUCACUUCACGCUUGGCAUCUACGUGCUAUAUAUAGAGCAACGGCACGUCUGUUCUAUCUAUAAAUGACGGCACCGACAGAGAGGGUUUGUUGGUUGGGCGACAUGAGUCAAAGAAUUGGCAAUCCGCAUAAUAUGAAAACAGAAUAAAACCAAAUAAAAAUAAACACAUAAGGCG